CAAAGGUGUCUGAGGUUAUUGCCCUGGCUAAGCCAUCAGCAACCUCGAGUGUACUGGUCCAGGGAGAAGCGGACGCCAGGGAGGUGUCCCUUUGUCCACCGGGGCAGUCCGGACCCCACGGAGGGCACAGAGGCCCAGGAAACAAGUAUCGCGAGAGGGUCCCGCGCCCCCGCCCGCCACAGAGCUCGCACUAGCUUCUAGCGGGGCCGACCGGGUGGGGCGGACAGAGAAGGGGUAGCGAGGUGACCUCAGCGGUUCCGCAGCUCCGGGAAGUCGCCUGGCCCGCCCCCUCCUGCCCCAGCCGGGAGUUUCGCUCUCCGGGGCGGGGCGAGCAGCAGGCGUUGCCCAGCCGGCCAAGUUGGGGAGCGCCCCGCCCGGCGCCGUCCGGGUCCCCGCGCCCUCCCGGCCGGCCGGGGCGCAGCGCUCGCUGCUCCGUGCGGUCCGUACGGAGAGGCUGCAGUGGGAGCGGGUAGCAGCGCGUGCGGCGGAGGUGAUGACUGCGGUGGCAUGGAGUUCCCGGAGCACGGUGUACGGCUGCUGGGCCGCCUGAGGCAGCAGCGCGAGCUGGGCUUCCUGUGCGACUGCACUGUCCUGGUGGGCGACGCGCGUUUCCCUGCGCACCGCGCUGUACUGGCCGCGUGCAGUGUCUACUUCCAUCUCUUCUACAGGGACCAGCCCGCGAGCAGCCGCGACACGGUGCGGCUCAACGGCGACAUCGUCACGGUGCCCGCCUUCAGCCGCCUGCUGGACUUCAUGUACGAGGGCCGCCUGGACCUGCACAGCCUGCCUGUCGAGGACGUCCUGGCUGCUGCCAGCUACCUACAUAUGUAUGACAUCGUCAAGGUCUGCAAGGGCAGGCUUAGGAAGAAAGACCCAGAUCUGGAGACCCGCGCUCUUGGGAUAGAGCUUCCUGUUCAGCCACCACACUCCCUGCCUUCCUGGUCCCCUGACUUCUGUCAAGCCGCACCAAAAGCCAAACCCCCAUCUCUAGGGGUCAAGGCUGUCCAUCCCUUGCCAACAUUUGGACCUCCAUCUUGGCAGGUCACAGGGGAGUCAAGUGGGGCCCUGGACCUGUCACUGAAGCCUGGUCCAAGACCGGAGCAGGUCCACCCACCCUGUACCCUCCAGACAACCUUCUGCAACUCCAUGCAGCAAGGGGCCCAGCCUCUGGUGAAGGCUGAGCAAGAUUCACUCUCUGAACAAGAUAGCAGCAGCCCACGGAGCGCUAACAGAUCCCCACUUCCAGUCUGUGCUUCUGCAGCCCAAGGCCUGGCUGUGGACUUGGAGCCGCUGAACGACUCAGGAACAGGCAGCCAGCAGCUUGGGCUGGAUGCAGAGCCAUUGAUGGGCAGUGAGGAGCUGGGUCCCAACAGGCACCUUUGCAUUUGCCCGCUGUGCUGCAAGCUGUUCCCUAGCACCCAUGCACUGCAGCUGCAUCUCAGCGCCCACUUCCGGGAUCGGGACAGCGUCCGUACCAGGCUCUCUCCCGAGGGCGCGGUGCCCACAUGCCCACUCUGCAGCAAGACCUUCUCCUGCACAUAUACCCUGAAGAGGCACGAACGCACACACUCUGGGGAGAAGCCCUACACGUGCGUGCAGUGUGGCAAGAGCUUCCAGUACUCACACAACUUGAGCCGGCAUGCUGUGGUCCACACACGGGAGAAACCCCAUGCCUGCCGCUGGUGUGAGCGCCGGUUCACUCAGUCUGGGGACCUCUAUCGCCAUGUCCGCAAGUUCCACUACGGCCUUGUCAAGUCCUUGCUGGUGUGAAGAGUUUUUUCUCUGUAUCCCCAAGGUUAGGGGAGGGACAUGGCAGGGACUUCUGGAUGGGACUUUGGGACAGAAGAAGCAGCCCAGGCGGGUGGAAGGCUCCACCCGCCAACCUGAAUGAGUGCUGCUGGGUUUUGGAUGGGUUUCCUCCCCCUCCUCUCCACUCUCCACCUCACCCCUGAGCACAGGUUGUACCCAGCCUGUCUCCCUCAGUGUCCUAUCCAGCAAGGUUCCAGGGGCGUCCCACCUGCCUAUUCACUGGGCCUAGGCUUCUCAGUGUGAGGUAACGGUUUUCCCGAUACUCCACAGUGUCCCUGUGUGCGUGGUGCCAUCGUGGAAUGGCUCGCUAGUCAAGAAAGUCAUUAAGGCAAGUGUCUAAUGCACCGAGUGAGCAGGCCACUCCCGGUGAGUGGCAGCAGGGACCCCUGUUAAGAAGGCCUGGGGCACAAGAACCAGCAGGGGCCAUAGAGACACAGCUGGCCUUGCAGGAGGCACAGCUCCAGCGGGGACCCUGGAGCAUCGAGAGGGUGGCUAGAGCUGGGUGUCCCUGGAGACUGUUACCAGGGUGGAACGGAGGGAACUUGGGGCAAAGAAGGGACAUUUGGAAAUGGAUUCUCUUUACAUCAAAGGCCCUCUCAAGGCCGCCAUAUGUCUGAUACUGGGUGAAGACCCUCAGUGUCCCUUUGGGGUCACAGGGCUGGAAAUGGCAGAUCCUGUCAAGAGCCGCGCUUGGCGUCUUGAAACUAAUGUUGUCCCAGCGGUCCUGACCCUGGGAGUCACACUCUCCCGCUGUCCAAGGGUCUCCCUGGAGCUGUAGCCAUUCCCAGGCACCAAACACAAGACCAAAGCUUGCCCAGCUGAAAAGGAGCAGUGUUUGCUGUGGGGCAGGAGAAGGAGCAGCUGUCACGGGGAGGCAGGGGAGGCAGGCACUGCCUUCUUUGCAGCCUUGGGGAAGGCUGGUACCCGCGAAAUGUGAAGGGCUGCACCCCCUGCCUCUGCUGGGUAUGGGCCCCCUUACUUUGGCCACUCGCUCCCCAAGCAAGCCUUGCUGUCCCAGAACCUUGAUGGCUUCAGGAAGGGGGUAGCCUCAACCGUGCCUCAGCAAGUGGUAGAGCUGCCUGAAACAGCCUGCCCACCCCCCAACAGGCUGUCUCUGAUGAUUACAAAAGGCCCAGAGGACAGAGGUGGGCCAAGUCUAAGUCAUUGUGUCUUCUAACACUUGACGUAUUUAUUUGUCUGCUUGCUCUGGAGUGAUGUGACAGUUGGUCUCCCCAAGGUGGACAGAACCAUUGUUCGUCUCCUAGCCCCCUCUGUGCUCUCGCAGUAUGUCCGUGGCUGGCCUGGGAAGCUGGCGCCUGUCUGUGAUGCUCCAAGUCUGGGGUCCAGGACAGGCUGCAGUUCAGAGAGCUUAGAGAGCUGGAGAAGAGGCGAUAAUGUCCCGGCUUCUGACUCCACUGGUGACUGGUGACCUGAGGUGUUGUGCGUGCGUGUGUCUGUCUGUCUGUCUGCGUAUCUACAGUACUACAAAUGAGCAGGCGGAACACCGCUAUGUUGGUUUUCCUUCAUGCCUGCUUUCCCCGGGCAGGGAAUCUGCCCUGAGUCAACACUGGACUCGUGGUCUUCGGCGCGGUUACUGUGAAGCUAAGAUUAAGUGAGAGCUUGUGUGUGUUUGUAACUGGCUCUGUUCAGCUGCCUGUGUGCGUAGGUCUGACACACUAACUGUGUGGAGAGCACAGGACGUGUGUGUGGGAGUCCAGGUGCAUUCUGCUGCGUGGGGUUCUUCGGGCCAACCCAGCUACUGUCCCUGCUUGUGGUCUCACUGCUGCUCUGUCCCUGGAGGGGACCACUGGGAAAUGACUACACAGGACAAUUCUUCACACGUAGGUUUGCCUAGGAUGUUUGCACAGCCCUGCUUGUGGUCAGCCCGCAUCACUCCUAGAAAUGAGUACUGUCUUCCCAUUUCAUACAUUCUGUCAUACAAUGACAAUGUAAUAAAGCCAACCACA